AUACAAGAGUGGGUAGUAAUUGGGCUGAAUAGAAGAACCACUACCUGGCAGCUGUACCCUAAACGUUCUUCUUUCUUCUAUACGCGCAACUCAAUUUGUAUGUUCCUAUUUUUCAUUUGCUUGUUAUUUAUCCCUAAUUCAGCCAAAUACGGGGAUAAAAAUGGCUGGGAAAUCGAACAAAGGGAAGAAUCGGAAGGCAGUUCAAAAUUCUACCAGUUCUUCAGAGCAAGCAGCCCCAGCAGCUCCAUCUGAUGCUCAUGUGAAUGAUACUGCAGCGCACGCGGAAGAUAAUGGAACCAGGGAUGUGACUGCACAAACCGAUGCCAAGACGGAGGCAAAGGAGUCUGGAAAUGAGGCUUCCACACACGAGGCAAAGCAAGUGGGUCUGGGAGACCAAGAUUCAAAUUCCAGUAGAGAUAAUAAAAAGCUAGGUGACAUCCAUCUUUAUCCUGUUUCCGUCAAAACCCAAGGAGGGGAUAAGCUAGAACUACAAUUGAGUCCGGGGGAUUCUGUUAUGGAUGUGCGGCAGUUUCUUCUUGAUGCUCCAGAGACGUGCUUUGUUACAUGCUAUGAUCUAUCGCUGCAUAUAAAGGAUGGCUCUGUUCAUCAUCUGGAAGAUUAUAAUGAAAUCUCUGAAGUUGCUGAUAUCACCACAGGAGAUUGCUUCCUGGAGAUGUUACCAGCAUUGUAUGAUGAUCGAUCCAUAAGGGCUCAUGUUCACCGCACUCGAGAAUUGCUCUCUCUUUCCACAUUGCACUCCUCGCUAUCAACGUCACUUGCACUGCAGCAUGAAAUAGGAAGUAAUGUUGCUAAAUCCGGAGAGCCUGUGAAGGCGGAUGUACCAGAGCUUGAAAACUUGGGUUUUGUGGAGGAUGUUUCUGGUUCAGUCUCUAGUUUGUUGUCAGCACCUUCAAAGGAAAUUAAAUGUGCUGAGAGCAUUGUGUUCUCUUCGUUUAAUCCUCCUCCUAGCUAUAGAAGGCUCUCUGGGGACUUGAUUUAUUUGGAUUUAGUUACACUGGAAGGAAAUAAGUACUGUAUUACUGGAACAACCAAAACUUUUUAUGUCAAUUCCAGCACGACGACUGUUCUUGAUCCGAGGCCAAGCAAAACUGGUUCAGAAGCAACCACUCUUAUUGGGCUCUUGCAAAAGAUCAGCUCCAGAUUUAAGAAAGCUUUUCGUGAGAUAUUGGAGCGGAAGGCUGCUGCACAUCCUUUUGAAAAUGUUCAAUCUAUGCUGCCACCAAAUUCUUGGCUUGGGUCAUAUCCUAUCCCUGAUCACAAACGUGAUGCGGCACGGGCAGAGAAUGCACUUACACUUUCUUUUGGAAGUGAGCUGAUUGGCAUGCAAAGGGAUUGGAAUGAAGAGUUGCAAUCUUGUCGGGAAUUCCCCCAUACAAACCCCCAGGAAAGGAUACUGCGAGAUAGGGCCUUGUACAAAGUCAGUUCGGACUUUGUAGAUGCUGCAAUUAGUGGUGCUGUUGGAGUUAUCAACAGGUGUAUCCCCCCGAUUAAUCCAACUGAUCCAGAAUGCUUUCAUAUGUACGUUCACAAUAAUAUAUUCUUCAGCUUUGCUGUUGAUGCGGAUCUUGAGCAACUGUCUAGGAAACAGGUGGCUGAUUCUAAAGUUGAGGGCACAGGCUUAUUACGUAAUUUGUCAGAGAAGACCACCAAUAAUUUAUCACAGGGUGUCUCCAAAGUUUCUAAUGGAGAUGAGCACGGCGGCUUAGUUGUAGAAGCUGCAAACAUCAACUCGGAUUGUCUUCCUGGAGUGUCUGGUGAAACUCAGUUGGCUGAAAGUGAGCAAGCCACUUAUGCAAGUGCAAAUAAUGACUUGAAAGGCACAAAAGCAUAUCAGGAAGCUGAUGUCCCUGGACUAUACAACCUUGCUAUGGCGAUAAUUGAUUAUAGAGGACAUAGAGUGGUGGCCCAGAGUGUUUUACCUGGUAUCCUUCAAGGUGACAAAUCAGAUUCCCUCUUAUACGGUUCUGUUGAUAAUGGCAAGAAAAUCUGCUGGAGCGACGAGUUUCAUUCCAAGGUGCUAGAAGCUGCAAAACGUCUGCACUUGAAGGAACAUACUGUCCUUGACGGAUCUGGAAAUGAAUUUAAAUUAGCUGCACCGGUGGAAUGCAAGGGCAUUGUUGGUAGUGAUGACAGGCAUUAUCUGUUGGACUUGAUGAGAGUCACUCCUCGUGAUGCAAAUUAUACUGGUCCAGGUUCCAGAUUUUGUAUUUUGCGACCUGAGUUGAUCACUGCAUUUUGCCAAGCUGAAGUUGCUGAGAGGUCAAAAUCCAAGUGCGAGUCAGAAGGGGAGGUACCAGUGGCCUCUGAUUGUACAACUGUAAAUAACACUGAAGAAUUACCAACAAACGAUGUUGUUGCCCCGACCGAAGUCAAAAGCAAUGAGGGUGAGAAAAGUGUGAAGGAUGCUGGCAACAACUGCUGUUUUCACUCAGGAAGAAAAGAUACCGAUGACAUACUUUUCAAUCCUAACGUCUUUACAGAUUUCAAGUUGGCUGGGAGUGAAGAGGAGAUAGCUGCUGACCAAGAACUUGUGAAGAAAGUGAGUUUGUAUCUGAAAGACGCUGUACUCCCGAAGUUUAUUCAAGAUCUCUGCACACUUGAAGUUUCACCCAUGGAUGGACAAACUUUAACUGAGGCACUCCAUGCACAUGGAAUUAAUUUGCGUUAUCUAGGAAUAGUGGCUGAGGGGACCAGGAACUUGCCUCAUUUAUGGGAUCUUUGUUCCAACGAGAUUGUUGUCAGAUGUGCAAAGCACAUCCUCAAGGAUUUGCUGAGGGAUGCUGAGGACCAUGAUCUUGCAAACACAAUCUCACAUUUUUACAACUGUUUGUUUGGAAAUAUUCAAACAGUAUCUAAUAAAGGUGGUGCCAACAGUUCUAAAAACCAAAAGAAGGACCACAUUGGCAACCAGCAAAAGUUAUCCAAGGGACAAGGAAAGCGAAAAAAUGUAGUAUCUGCCAAAAAGAAGCAGUCCUCCUAUCUGAGUAUCACCUCUGACAGUUUGUGGUCUGACAUCCAAGAAUUUACGAAUCUCAAGUAUCAGUUUGAGUUGCCCGAGGAUGCAAAAGUGUUGGUAAAGAAAAUUCCAGUUGUACGCAAUCUCUGUCGGAAGGUAGGUGUAACCGUUGCAGCUCGUAAAUAUGACCUUGUCUCUGCUGCACCUUUUCAAGCAUCAGAUAUUAUGAAUCUCCAACCAGUUGUGAAGCAUUCUAUUCCAGUUAGUUCAGAAGCUAAGGACCUCGUGGAAACAGGGAAGGCUCAAUUAGCUGAGGGUUUGCUUAGUGAGGCCUACACUUUAUUUUCUGAAGCAUUCACAAUACUUCAGCAGGUGACGGGUCCAAUGCACCGUGAAGUUGCCAAUUGUUGUCGUUACCUUGCUAUGGUUCUAUAUCAUGCUGGAGAUAUGGCUGGUGCUAUUAUGCAACAGCAUAAGGAACUUAUCAUAAAUGAAAGAUGCCUUGGACUGGACCACCCUGACACUGCGCACAGUUAUGGAAACAUGGCUCUUUUCUAUCAUGGUCUUAACCAAACAGAACUUGCAUUGAGGCACAUGUCGCGGGCCUUGCUUCUGCUUGGCUUGUCAUCGGGUCCUGAUCAUCCGGAUGUUGCUGCAACAUUUAUAAAUGUUGCGAUGAUGUACCAAGAUAUCGGAAAGAUGGAUACAGCACUUCGUUAUCUCCAAGAAGCAUUGAAAAAGAAUGAACGGUUGCUCGGGGAGGAACAUAUUCAGACUGCUGUUUGUUAUCAUGCUCUGGCAAUUGCGUUCAACUGUAUGGGUGCUUUCAAGCUCUCGCACCAGCAUGAAAAGAAAACUUACGACAUACUAGCCAAACAGCUUGGAGAGGAGGAUUCAAGGACACGUGAUUCUCAGAACUGGAUGAAAACAUUUAAGAUGCGUGAGCUGCAGAUGAAUGUGCAAAAGCAGAAAGGUCAAUCUUUGAAUGUGGCUUCUGCACAGAAGGCUUAUGAUAUUUUGAAGGCUCAUCCCAGCUUGUUACAUGCAUUUCAAGCUGCUGCUGGAGGUGGUGGUAUUGGUGGAAUGAACCAAUCAUUAAGUUCUGCGGUACUUGGUGAUGGGCUUCCUCGGGGAAGAGGAGUUGAUGAAAGAGCUGCACGAGCUGCUGCUGAAGUACGGAAAAAAGCUGCAGCAAGGGGUCUUCUUGUUCGCCCUAGUGGUGUUCCUGCAUCAAAUUUACCCCCUCUUACUCAGCUACUCAAUGUAAUAAACUCUGGCGCAAAACCGGAUGCUGCAAAUCCUAAUGGAACUAAUGAAGAAAAGAGAGAAGCAAACAGUUAUUCUUCUAAUGGACCUGGAGAUGCCCAAGCAGAUCAAUCCAAAGCAAGGGAACAAGAUCAAACUCCUGUUGGUUUAGGGACAGGUUUGGGGGCAUUGGAUGCCAAGAAACAAAAAUCAAAAGUGAAAGCUGCAUCUUGAAGCAAAUAUUGCUGGGUGUACUAACAAAGUGGCAAUGCCUUGUUCGAGCAUAUCAUGGAUUUUAGCUUGCGGGCCGCCUCAUGCUUCAGGUACUCAUUGUACGGGUGAGCGCUUACACUGGUACUCCAAUUCUUACAAUAAGUCUCUCGUGGAGAUUUGAGCAUUCGAGCUGUAGUUCCUCUCAUCUUGAUUAUUGCUGAGAUGACAUAACUUGUAGGCCUAGUUUGAGAAGAUAGGUUUAGUAUCUGUCGAUUUGGUGUUUUGAAUAAUGUUAUAUAGGGAUGUCCUCAUCUGUUUGGGUGUUGAUGUCAUCCUAAAAUUUUUGACUCUCUUUAUUCAUCCCCUUUCGCUUGUGAUGGUUAUGUAAUGAUCUAGUGGGUGAAGCUGCCCACCUAUUUCAGUUUGAAGGUGCUCUUUCUUGGCCAA